UUUAUUGUAGUUUUAAUUGUAAUCUAAUUUUAUUUUUUUAUCGUUAGUGUUAUUGUUUGUGUGAUUUACCCGUCGGUGUGUGUUUCGGGUGACCAUUUCGGUUGUGGUAAUGUUGUUGUUGACCAUUAAGUGUUAACCAGUUGUCUUAUAUAUAAGAGAAGUUGGCCUCAAGUUAUCGCAGCCGUCAUCGCCGCGACGCGCGUUGUUGUUGACCACCGAUUGAUUUGAUCGCCAAUUGUACCACCGAUUGAUUUUUACCGCCAAUUGUACCACCGAUUGAUUUGACCGCCGAUUGUACUACCGAUUGAUUUGACCGCCGAUUGUACCACCAAUUGAUUUGACCGCCGAUUGUACCACCAAUUGAUUUGACCGCCGAUUGUUGUUGAUGAUCAUUGCCAUCAUUACUCAUCCGCGUCGUCGUCGUCAUUGAUAUCGUGUCCGCCAUCACUGACCAUAACCAUCAUCAGCUCUCCAUCGGACACCAUCGGAUCCAUCAGAUAUUAUGCCACUGUUAGGUAGAGAACCGUUUGUCCCGAAAGACCUGCCCAUAAAUCUCGAUCCCGAAGAUGAAGUCUUCUACUGUAAGACAAGCGGUGAAGCUUUCCUUACAUACGACGAAUUCAGUAACCGUCAGCUCCAGUUGACGUCAAUGGUCUGGACCUGUGAGGUCACCGGUCGUCAGGGUCUGACAUUUGCCGAAGCAGUGGAAUCCGAGCGUAAAGGUCACGAAAUGUUGGCCACAUUUCCCGCUGGUAUUAAGAUUCCCUCAUUGUUUCUGAUGAGAUAUCUGUGCGAAACCAAUAUCAACGCUAUUGUCGAUAAAAUCUAUGCCUUUAUCAACAAUCGGUAUUUCAUUGCCGAAGACAUUGAGAUUAUUAUUCAUUCAAAAAAACGAAUAAAGGGACGGGUGUUUCGGGUAAUAGCGCCGACCGAUGCACAGGUCAAGGCCGACAAACGCAAAAGCAAUCAACCGAAACAGUUUGUCGGACUCAGUGCCUCGCUCUACAGGUACGAGAUUAUCGAUUGCGAUAAAAAGCGGCAAAUUCUGGCCGCCGGCCGAAUAGUACGAUCGAAAAAUUCGUUAACUAAGGACAGGUUGAAAAUGUUUCUGAAACGACACCUGAAUCCGUCCACACGUACCGAUCCGUGGACACUGAAAGAUUCGUCGGUCAGAGAGUUCAAUCUGAUGUCCAUCUACUGGAACAACAUAUUUGCCGGACCAGUACCGCGAUUUAUGAGCGACUCGACACUAGUGGUCAACGGUAGUAUCACAACAACCAUUGCCAGUAAGGAAAUGAUGGCCAAAUUGAAGAUUUUGGCCAAAGCUGAUAAAUUGGCGCCCAAUGUGGACAAAAAAUUGGGACCAAAAGUAGAUAAAUUGGUGAUCAAAGUCAAGGAAACGAAAGAAGAGCGUCGAGAUCGUGAACGUCGCCAGCGAUUAGCGCAGAAAGAGUUGGAAAAACAAAAGAAACGCCAGUUCGACGAAGAUAUGAAACUGUGGAACACUAAACGCGAUGACUUGGCCUGCGAUGACCUGCAGCCGCUACCCGAACCGAUACCCGUUAACUGCAAAAUACCGGUUGAAUUGUUUGCCGAUUCUGUGUUCGUAAUGGAAUUUCUUAGUAUUUUCAAAGAUAUGUUCAAUUUGAAGUCCAUCUUUCCGAUGGGCUCACCAUGGAAUUCAUUCGAACUUAUGGAACAGAUUCUUGUCGAUGUCAACAUUUACGGUCCGUUUGUCGAUCUAUUAAAAGUGUUAAUCUCGACAAACUUGACACUACUCGAGGAUGAAGGAGACGACAGUACUCAUAGCAGUUCCAACAACAAUAACAACCACAACAAACGUAAGAACGAUUUGAGUGACGACGACGACGAAGACAUACCGUUUGGUGGCGACAACAACGACAAAGAUUUUUUCGAUGAAACAGUUGACAAGAAAAACGCUGUCUAUUACUAUCAUUGGAUACAAAAUCAUUUCGGUGUUCAACUAUCCGAACUGAAUAUCGAUUCGUUUAACAUUACCGAAGUGUUACGCUUGCAUCUGCUAUCGUCGGGCGGCGGACCGCAACCUAAAUCCAAAUAUCGUGGCCUAUAUUCUCCUCGCGAAGAUCCGAGCAUUGAAUUUGUUGCCGAAAACGAUGAAAUCAUGAAAAAACUCGAAUCGGAAACUAUUUUCGAUUUAACAGCUGAUGAACGGUUGAAAAUAUUUUCCGUUUUGAUUCAUCAAUUGUUGACGUAUUUUGAAUUUCGCGACAAAAUCGAAGACGCGUCCGACGAAGUGUCCAAACUGUGGGGUAAAAUCCGUCGAAUUCAGAUGGAUUCGAACAAAUGGAUUAAAGAUAAUUCAUUGAAACGAUUGCCGAUCAAAGAACUAAACAAUAGUAGUAGUAGUAUAAAGAAAAAGUCUUUAGCACAACAAAAAUCACAACAAUCAGCGGUUCCAACAGCGAGACAGUUGAAUAUAUAUAGCAAAGAAAAGUCAGAAAUGGAAUCCGAAACGAACGAAAAGUUGGCCGAAGUUCGGAAAGCUAUACUCAAACUGCAAGCCUGCUAUCGGCUGAAACCGAUUGGUUCGGAUCGGGCGUACAGAAAAUAUUGGAUCUUCCAAUCGCUUCCCGGUUUGUUUGUCGAACGACUGACGCCCGACACUCGUUACACAAAUCAACCGUACGGUCCAUGUCUUCCCGAACCGACGCCCAGCCGAUCAGUGAAACCCAUGUAUGACUCGGCCGCCGCCACCACCACCCCUGCCUUCGAUGACAGCUGUGAUACAUUGCAGACCAGUCUACGCGAUGACACCUCGACCACCAGCGAUAAAGAAAACGACUCGAAGAUCACUAGCGAUGAUCACAAUCAGGAACAGCUAAGUGUUGUCGUCCGCAAAGAUAAUCAAAGACUAUCGGAUUUAGACAGAUGUACUGCUAAUAUAAACACUUGUUGUGUUCACGGAAUGGCUGCCAAUAAUGGUGUCAACGAAUGGUCGUUCUAUUCUUCAGUAGAACAGCUAAACGAUUUGAUUGCGUCGCUUAACAGUAGAGGUCAUCGGGAAAGUUCGUUACGAUCGACAUUGAAUCUCAACAGUGAAUGGUUAAAGAGAUUUAUCCGACACUGUCCGGUCCAUCAGCUGAAUAAAGAUAUUGAACAACAGCCGCCAGAACAAAGUGGUGGUCGCCGAUCGCAAAGAGGAGUACAACACGUAUUGCGUAAAUACCACAAAAACCAAUUGAUUCCCGACGAUGGUGUCUCAUUGUCGUCGUCGCACAGCGAUCUCAAGAUCAGACUGUUCAAAGACUAUCUGCUGACACUGGAAGAGCAUGCGUUUGCCGCCAGUCUGGCAGUCGAGUCCGAUCAGAUGACCAGAGAUGAAUGGCGUCAAUUGGUUGUUACCGAUUCGCCGUCGCCGACGGCUGACGGUGUCCUCAAGCGACUAAUCCGAGCGAUUCUAGUACUUCGACAAUGUGUACGACCAAUGUGUUUGUCGGAUCUGUUUUCAGCUGAUAGUUCCACUUAUACGAAUUGGUUCCAAAGUCUGUCGGAGUGUACCAGCGUUUCCCAGCUAUACAUUCACGUAUGGGUUUUCGAACAGAACAUUAAAUGGUCAAAAUCGGCAUCGAAUGCCUACUGUAAGCUGUGUCGGCGUAAACAAGACGACGAAAAUAUGCUACUAUGCGACCGAUGCAAUCGCGGACAUCAUAUCUACUGUCUUCAGCCGCCACUGGAAACGAUUCCCGUCGGCGAAUGGCUGUGUCCUGAUUGUAGUCCAAAAUUUCGACCCCAAAGUCCAAAGAAACAAAAGCUAACCACCGAAUCAGUACCGAGUGGUGAUGAUAGUGAAGAUACCGGUGAUUACGAUGAUAAUGAUGAUGACGACAAUGACUGUACGGAAAUUGAUGACAGAUCGCAGACUAGUAGUGACGAGGAAGACGAUGAUGAACAAGAAGAAGAAGAAUCGGCAGCAGAUUUACCACAAAAAUGUGACAAAUGUCUGGCAACUGAUUCUGAUGUUAAAUUAGUUUGCGAUAAGUGUCGCCAUUACUAUCAUCAGGAGUGCGUGAUUGGUGUCAAUCAACGAAUUACAAGAAGCAAAUGGUUGUGCAAAAACUGUUCACUACUCGAUGUUGUCAUCAAUGAUGGAUCCAAUGAUAAGAAACGCAAACAACAACAACAGCCACUGGUCACCGAUAUGAACAACGACUCUUCACUUAAUAAUAAUAAUUCUGAUUACUUGUCUCAACGGCCGAAAAGAGUUUGUCGACAACAAUCGCUACCUCAGACGGAAUCAUCUGUUUGUCCAAAAACUGGUCGAAAAUCUGACCAAACAUUUACCAAAAUGAAAACUCAACAAACAAAAGAUACUUCCAAUAAUAAUAAUAAUAAUCGGCAAUCAUUGCCAACAAAUGAUGGCCAUCACCACCACCACCACGACUACCAACAGCGGCGGUCGUUACGAUUAAGUGACAACAACAACAACCAAAAGAGUUCCAAUAGUCGGUCCAAUAGAAAAUCAACGACAACAACAACAACGACGAGGACGGCGGUGGCGGCCGCAGCGGGAGGUUGUGAUUAUGCGCUGUGCGAUGAAAUACUUAAGAAAUUGGACAAUCAUUCAGGAAGUUGUCUAUUGAAGAGAAGAGCAAUUAUGCAACCAAAACGAAGCCGAAUGCAAGAUAAACCACAGAUGAAUUUGAACGACUUGGGCGCCAAUCUUAGGCUACGAACCUAUACAUCGAAUGCCCACUUCUUAAAAGAUGUAUUACUAAUGGUAAAUCGUGCCAAAUAUGUCAACUCGUUUACCGCUCGCGAAUACGAAUUGUUUCAAUCGUUUCAAAAGUUUGCCGAAACACUGGUCAGACGUGAUUUGGGCUCUAAAUAGUUUAGGGACCGAACUUUACAUUAGGUCCACUGUUUUGAAUAUUACCGAUAGUUUAACGGUUUUAUACAACAGUACAGUAUAUCUAUUAUGUAUAACAAUAUAUAUACAAAAUAUUUUCGAUAUAACGGGUCAUAAUUGAUGCACA